AUGGGUACCGAACCAAAUGAUUCAGAGUUGCAGAAGCAAGCCCGCAUCAUUGUCUACGAGUCUGACAGCGGGAAACAGACCGCUGCGGACAACGAGGACUGGCUCAAUGCCUUCAAGUCCCGUCAUCUUUACCCAGCAACUGGUUCUUCGGUAUCGUCGAUACCAAGCGACUCACUACUCGCAUUAGAGUCAACUUUGGCCAAUGCCAAUCAUGGGGGCAUGAAGACUACAUUCCUCUCCACCCUACCCAAUAAUUGCUAUGAAAACUCUAUUGACGAUCCAUGGAAUCAGACAGCCGCUGACAAUGCGGAAUGGCUCCGGCGAUUCAAGCGUGAUGCAGGUCUAAUAACAGAGGAUGAUGGACCAGGGUUGCCUGUCGGCACGCAGUGGAAUCUGGCACAAGGCGGCUCCGGAUUUGCGCCUCCUUAUGUCUUCCCCAAGGGACAAAUGACACCUUUUACCGGUGACAAGGUGUCAAUAACACUGAACCUUGAUGACCGUCCCCAGGACUUUGAAGCCGAGGCUAGCACUGCAAACAAGUACUUGAAUUCAAUCACGAAACGUUAUCCGGCCCCUGCCGUGGUAUUCUGCAGUCGUGAGCUGGAAAAUGGCCUUGUGGAAUUUGCGACUUCUAAAUGGGCAAUGUCUGGUUCGCUACCGACGGACGAAGCUUUCCGUGCGAAGGCUCGUGGAAUUCUGAAGCUGAACGUCACCGCGGCCGAUGACCCGGUGUUGUUAGAGAAGUUUAAGACUAUGAUGCUUGGAAGACUGGGCCUCACUCAGCCAGCUUCUUCAGUGGGGACAACUGGUCUGGCCAUGGAGGGCAUCGUAGAGGAAUCGCCCGUCACCAACACCGUGAGCGCCGCGGGCGCUUCGGAAAUGAGCCCUGGAGCUCUGAAUCUAGAUGUGAAUGUGUCAGAGAGUGAGAUGAAUGAUAUUCUCAAAGACAUGAGCUAUGAAUUCACACAUGGGGGCGAUUUGAUGGUGGACGGCGGCGGUAACAUGCUGAUCUAG